AAGCGAAAAUUUAAAAAGCGUGAUUCAGACGAAGAGGAAAAUCAUUUCGAUCCAGAGAAUCACAGAGUUGGGACGUGUGUGCCGCUUGGGUGGGGUUUGGAAGAAGAAAAUAAGUAACCCCGCAUUCUUCAUUAAUAGUUAAACCAAGUGCCGUUGCACACGAUUUUGUUGCACAAAAGGAUUUGGCGACAUGUCUUAAAGUGGCUCCUUACUUUGGUUGUUAAAAGUGAAUCAAACGAAAAACUCGUGUGUCGUUAUUUACCAUUGGAUAUACUACGUCAUUUCUAUUUCCUGACACGUGGACCUGGUCUGAAUUUAAAGAUCUCCAUAGUCAUGACGCACUCAUUACUCAGUUUCCGUACGUGCCUCGUCAUAUUGGUGUGCGUCAUAGUCGUCGCUUCCCUCAAAUCUCCGAAAAAUUCGACAUCGUCAGGCAGAUGGAGUAUCAAGAAGACCAACUGCAAUCUGAAAAAGAGUUUGUCUUCAUUCAAAUCGUCGGUGAAGAAUGAUAGUUUAACGUUCUUCAACCGAGCUCUAAAGAAGACCAACCCGAUUAGUGCGCUCCGGAAGCGAUUGGGAACGGCCAGCAAACUCUACAAUCCGUCGGAUCCGCUUCACGCCUACCCCAAUCAAUGGGAUUUAAUAGUGCACGGAAUCUUCCAGAAACUGUCCCGAUUCGAAGUGAACAAUGCAGAUACCAUCCGGACGUUGAUCCGAGUCGUCAGGGUAGUUACCAUCAUCGGUUUAGUCCUUGGAAUAAUCGGAAUUGUCGUCGGAGUGGCCGUUCCAUUAGGCACCGCUGCGCUUGCCAUUGGUCGCAGAGAAGAUGUUGGAGAGGACAAAACCGAUGUGGUCGACUGGAAUUAUGUCGAUCAAAUUUCACAAAGCGUCAUCUACGCCAUUGAAAACGGCAUGCUCAAAUACGAAAUGUGACACGGUUUCCCCAUCUAGCCAAGAAGAAUACGGUAGUUUUGACUUUUAAUAGUGAAAUGCUCAGGUUGCCAAGUGCCACACCUACGACGACCAUAUUGUUGAAACAAAACGAAGUAAGCAGAUUCUCAUCCAUCAUUUAGAAUUUAAUAAAAUAGAAAAGGAAUAAAAAAAAUU